CUCACUUCAAUUCCUUUUCCUGCCAUUUGAAUCAUCACAAACCUUCAAAGUCCCUUUCAAUACUCUCAUGCAUAUGGACAAUCCAGAUUUAUUAGGCUUAAACCUCACUCUAAGUUUCACACACAAUCAUAAUAAUUCUCCAAUUCCUAUUCCCUCCGCCGUCACCUCUUCUACUCCGGUCAACCACAAAUCCUCAUGGAUAGACACCUUCUCGUCCUCAAUCGAUCGGACCAAUAAUACAUGCAGAGCUGAUACCAGAUCUUUCCUCAACGGAAUCGACGUUAAUCGCACCGUUUCCGAAGAUGAAACCGGCGUAUCGUCUCCUAACAGUACUGUAUCUAGCAUUAGCGGAAAGAGAUUAAUAGAAGUUGCAGGCGACGUCGAUGAUCAGGACGGUGACGAUGAAGACGGCGACGGUUCUAGAAAGAAACUACGUCUAUCCAAAGAUCAAUCCGCCAUUCUUGAAGAAAGCUUCAAAGAGCAUAACACUCUGAAUCCUAAGCAAAAACUGAUUCUGGCGAAACGACUUGGAUUAAGGCCACGGCAAGUUGAAGUUUGGUUUCAAAACAGAAGAGCAAGAACGAAGUUGAAACAGACGGAAGUUGAUUGUGAAUUCUUGAAGAGAUGUUGCGAAAAUCUGACUGAUGAAAAUCGUCGUCUUCAAAAGGAAGUUCAAGAACUUAGAGCUUUGAAAUUAUCUCCACAAUUUUACAUGCAAAUGACACCUCCGACUACCCUAACUAUGUGUCCGUCUUGCGAACGUGUCGCCGGCGCCGGAGCCACACCAUGUCCGGCCAUUCAUCAUCGUCCAAUGACUUUAAAUCCAUGGACUCAGGCGGCGGUUACUCCGGCGACACGGCAAUUUGAUGUGGUACGUCGAUCUUAAUAGAGAUUGGUUGGGUGGUUAGAACUAGGGUAAAAUGGGGAUUUGAAAAUUUUCUCUCUCUCAUACUUUAAGGUGUAUGUGUGUGUUAAAUUUGGUUUGAGGGUUAUUUAUUGAUAGAUAUAUUAUUAUUAUUAUUAUUAUUAAAUUAAGAAAAAUAGAAUUAUGUAGUUUUUUUUAGUGUUUGUUUCUUAAUCUUGGUAUGUAAAGUGAUGUUAAAUUUUGAACUAAUCAAAGAGUUUAUUUUAUUUAAUAUUAUAUUAUUUACAAAUAAUAAGCUUUUAAAAUAUAGAGUACAUCCAAUUAUUAUUAUUA